AUGGGGAUCGCGUCAUCCAUCCAAAUUCCGCCGGAAAAACCGGAGCAAGAGAAACCGGAUGAUUUCAGUGAUUGGCCAUAUCCGAUGACAGCUAAUGCAGAGUUGUUGAUGAAGAACCUCUAUGGCUUGUUCCCACCGAGAGCGGGAGAAUCAUCAACUGAUGAGGCCGCAGAAGCUAGGUAUAUGGAGUUCAUGAGAGGAGGUUGUUGCAAAGAUGCUUUUAACGCUCUGAUGGAUUGUGAAGGACCUCGUAGCUCUAAGUGCAAGCAAACAGCGUUGAUGCUGUUCAAUUGUAUGUAUUCUCACCCUGAUUACUAUCAGCCGGUUAACGCCGUGUGGGAAACUUCUUUCGAAAAGUUAGAAAAGGACCUCGAGGUCUUUCGUGCAAAGAAACAAAGAGAUGAGAGCUUUGAGAAAGCUAAUCUCUUUAAGUGCUCUAAGAGAUUCUAA